GGAGCAGCUACAGACGCUUUCCUGAUUUCUGUCGGAUGCAAACUGUCACCAUGUCCAGCCAUUGAUCUGAAGUCAGGACCCCAUCCGGGAUCAAGAAUUGUCCGUUGUGUCCUUGGGCUAGUCGUGUUAUGAAGAAGGAUGAAGCUGCGACUGCACUUUGUGGUGGACCCCAUGGGCUGGUUCUGCCUGGGCAUGGUGCUGUUUAUCUGGCUCUACAACAGCUUUAUCAUUCCAAAGCUGGUGCUGCUGCCACACUACGCUGAAGGCCAUAUCCCUGGAGCACUAGUAGCCUGUUACUACCUAGCAUCACUCCUGUGUGUGUCUGCAUUGUUAAGGGCUUCCACGGCUGAUCCUGGAAGACUCGCUCAGGACCCUAAAAUCCCACUUGCAGAACGUGACCACUGGGAGUUGUGCAAUAAAUGCAACCUCAUGAGGCCAAAAAGGUCUCAUCACUGCAGUCGCUGUGGACACUGCGUCCGGCGAAUGGACCACCACUGUCCCUGGAUUAAUAACUGUGUAGGGGAAGACAACCACUGGCUCUUUCUUCAGUUGUGUUUUUACACUCAGGUUUUGAGUCUUUACACUCUAGUGUUGGACUUCUGCCAGUACUACUACUUUCAGCCUCUGGUAUCAGUGGACAAGGAAUUAUUUAUGGUGCGUCAUGAAUUGGCGCUGUUGCGUGUGUCUUGUUUCAUUGGAUUGGUUAUGUUUGGAGGAAUGAGCAGCCUCUUCUAUACACAGAUCACAGGAAUCAUUUCAGAUACAACCACUAUAGAGAAAAUGUCUCACUCCUCAGAAGGAAUCAGUGCAGGACAGUCCUGGCAGCAGUCCCUGGCUGAAGUGUUUGGCACCCGCUGGAAGCUCCUGUGGUUCCUGCCGUUUCGAAGCAGACGGCCGCUGCACCCGAACUCCUCCUUCAACUCGCACGUGUAGCUGAAGAUUGCCUUGAGGACAUGGACCUGGUCUAUUACACUCCACUCCCUGUCCACCACUCCGCCUCUCCACUGUGGCCUGAUGCUUCUGAGGUAUCAAAACUCCAGUCUUCAAGUUUGGCUCAAACAUGUACGUUGGCUAGAAAACGUCUUGUUCCAAGGCCUAGCUUUCGUCUCAUGGACAGAUGAACGGUUAAUCUCGGUGUGCUUUUGAAUUAGGACAUGUAUGUAUUUUUUGUUUUAUACAGAAAGCUUUAUAACUGGCAUGUAAGAAUGUUUGCAUUGGUUUAUAUUUAUGUUGUUAGGGAACAUCAGGGCUUUGGCUGUUUUGAAGGAUUUGUUGUUUUUCAGAAUAACACUCCAGGACUUGGACAAUGAUUGGCAGGGUAAAGCUAAGCCCUGGAGGUUUUAUCUUGGCUUGCUAGGGUAGGUGGCUGAUGGCUCUAGAGGUGAGCCAUGACCUCUGGCAGGGGUUGAGAACAGUGCCAGAUAGCCUCAAUAUUAACACAGCACAGUAAUGCUUACACAAACAUUAUGUGCCACAAUAAAGCACUGAAUUCUUCACUUGAAUACUAAUUAGCUGGCUCAUGAAGAUACAUUCCGUGAGCAUUCCAUGAUUGUUUGUGCCUUUUGGAAAAUGACAAACGUUUGGCAUUUCAAAAAUGUAUGUUCUGUCGAGUUACUUAGUUGUUAUUUAAUUGUACACCAAGAAUAUAGAAAGCACACAAACCCCCACUCACACACAUGUUUAUAUAUUUUAUAUGUUACCAAAAUUGCCAAAAAUAUUCCAAACAAUUAACUGA